UAUAACUAUGGUUUGUAGACAGUUGUACCGGAUCAGUUACAUGAGUUAACUUUGAAAAGAAAUGUUUUAAAAUGGCGCGAGUGAGCCUGGCACAAUAUGGAGGAUUAAUUUUGUUCUUGAUAAUCAUAAAAGGAUCUAUCUCUGAAAACAGCAGGAGCCCGUUUCAAUACAAAGAAUGUAACCUUGGAAAAUCUUUGAUUGACAAUAGCAUACUUUGGGCCUCGAAGCAAUAUUCGGAUUUGACCCGUCUCGACAACUCUACAGGAGUGUGGAAUGCAUCGGUCUUAAAUUCUAUGCAGUUUCUUAUCGUAGACCUUGGAGCCGUACAUAUUGUAACCCGUGUCUACACACAGGGUCGACAAGGAAGUGAUGAGUAUGUCACAGAAUUUACCAUAGAGUUUUCCAUGGACAAUACAACAUGGGAAGAAUAUACUAAUGAGUUUGGUUUAACUAAGAUUUAUAAAGGCAACGAAGAUAGUAAUACUGUUAAAGAAAACACCUUCACGUAUCCUGUAAUUGCACAAUAUAUUAAAUUUCGACCCCUUCGGUGGAACAAACAUAUUUCAAUGAGAGUCGAUGUGAUUGGCUGCCUGUAUGUAUCAGAGGCCAUUCAAACCGGGAAUAACGGCUAUAUUGUGUACGAUGGGACUGACCAACAAUCCACACAGACCGAGACAGAUCUAAUAAUGCUGCGGUUCCGUACCACACAAGAGAACGGAAUUCUUCUGUACGCUGCUGGAAACUAUACCGACUUUAUACUCAUAGAACUUAGACGAGGACAGUUGCAUUUGGUAAUAGAUUUAGGCUCAACUCGUUUUGUGUCGGGGGUGACGCCUGUUGCCGGAAGGAGUGUUCUCAAUGACGGAAGAUGGCACGAUGUUAUAUUUCAGCGGAACAGAAGAGACGCAAAACUUACAGUAGAUAGGCGAGAAACUGAAUUUAAAACUAAAGGAUUUUUCUUUAGAUUUAAUUCCAAUGGAAAGGUCUACCUUGGAGGCGUUGAUUACAACAACAAAAAAGGUGUAUCAAAUACAUACUAUUUCAAUGGGUGCAUAGAUUUUGUUAGGUUGAAUGGUAUCAACAUUACUAAAAAUGUCAAGGACAGAAUACCCGGGUACCAGACAGUUGGACAAGUUGAAUUUACGUGCUCGCUAGAGAAUGCUACGUUACUCUCCUUUCAAACAACGUCUAUUCUAAACAUCCCACACGUACAAGAAACUGGAGAUGUAAGAGUAACUUUCCAGUUUAGAACGUUUGAUAAGAGUGCACGUAUCUUUCGCCAUCAGAUGUUGAAUGCUUAUGUCCAGGUUGGAACGGACCGUAAUGGUUUUGUGUAUUACAAAAUAACAGAUGAGAAUGAUACCAUUAUUGAAGAUGUAGUCCAAAAAAUUGAUGUUGAGGGUAACAUUAUGGAAUUUACCGACGGUCUGUGGCACACAUUUGAUAUGUACAUAAACCGUAUAAUGGUUAAUGUUACCGUGGACAGAAACUCAAGGGUGACCAAUAAACAGUUAGAUGUACACGUUGGGACUGAAUUUAUUUUCGGCGCGGAAUGGAUAUAUGAUAGUCACGGUAGAUCUGGUGGAAUUAAGGCGGGGUUUAAAGGAUGCCUACGGGACAUUGAAAUCGGAUCAGCACCAGUGGAUAUUGCCAACUCGCCUUCUCAUUCCUUGGCAUCCACUAGUUCUUGUGAUAUCAAAGACAAGUGUUUUCCAAAUCCAUGUGAACAUAAUGGGAAAUGUAGUCAAGACGGGGAUAUAUUUUAUUGUGACUGCGGAUCCACGGGAUACAAAGGAGCCGUUUGUCAUACCUCUGUCCAUCCCUUGUCGUGUGCUGACAGUAUGCACAAGGACAUGCACAUGAAAGGGUUGGUCAAAACUACAAUUGAUCCAGAUGGUUCCGGCCCCAUUUACCCUUUCACCGUUACCUGCAAUAUACCGCCGGCUGAUUUCCGGUCUCAUGUGGAAACAUGGAUAGCACACAACAGUAUGCGUCUUUCAACAGUUGAUGGGUACCAGGCGCCAAACUAUUUUGUACGUAAAGUUGAGUAUGAAUCCGAUCUGGCGGGUCUUACGGAGGUUAUAGAACGUUCGGACAACUGUGAACAGGAAAUACUGUGGAGAUGUAACAAUUCUCGUCUCAUGGCUCUGACUGAUCUUGCAGAUCCAAGUAUAUCAAGGACUUACGGAUACUGGGUUGGAAGGACAUAUCAAAACAUGUAUAGCUGGGGAGGUUCGGCGCCAGGGACAUACAAAUGUGCAUGCGGUGUCACUGAAAAAGGAUGUGUCUUAAACACAACAACAUGUAACUGUGAUUCGGGCGAAAAACAAACGGAAGACGGAGGUCUGUUGACACGUAAAGAGUUCUUACCAGUGUUAGAGUUACAUUUCGGAGACACUGGCACAUUUUCGGACGAUAAAAUAGGACAGUUUAGACUUGGAGAGCUGAGAUGUGUUGGUGAAAAUAUGUUUGACAACGUGAUAACCUUCAGAAAAACUGACGCAACGCUGGAAUUUGAGACAUUGAUAGGUGGCAAGGCAUGGGAUAUCUGGUUCCAGUUUAAAACAACAGCCACGGACGGUGUGAUGAUUCAUGAUACUGAUGACACGGAGGAUAAUUUCUUACAGAUCAGACUGACAGGUGGAAACACGAUUCAAUUCAGUUACAAUGUUGGAAACGGGGCCGACACAUUAGAAUACAGGGCCAGUAACAUUCUCAACGACGACACGUGGCAUACCGUGCACGUGGAACAUAACCUGAAGCAGGCAUGGCUUCGUGUUGACAAUUUCCCUGAGGUAAUUAACAACAACACAGCUUCACUUAACCUAAGUCUAUUUUCCGUGUUUGAUACUGAACCACUGGAGAUACCAGGUCUAAUGGAACUGACAAAGCCUCUGACAGUUGGAGCUACUGUUGAUCACAGGGACGGAUUUGUAGGGUGCAUGAGGGCUUUGAGAGUUAAUGGGGUACUUAUCGACAUGAGGGGUGCUGUUCGUAAGGGCAAGUUCACCUACGGAGUACAAGAAGGUUGUGUUGGUAAGUGUUCGAGCAAUCCCUGUUUCAAUCAGGGUCAGUGUGUCGAGGGAUACUCACAUUACACGUGCAAUUGCACACACACGCCGUUUGAAGGAAGGAUGUGUUCGAGAGAGGUAGGCGUUAGUAUGCAAGGUAACUAUAUGAUUCGCUACGAUAAUAUGUCCAUCAACGAAGAAGGAGGCUUCAAGUUUAUUAGGAUUGGCUUUAUCACAAAAAGGAAACAGGGAAUUCUGUUGCAGCUUAGAGAAGCCGAGAACCCGUUAUUACCGUAUAUCUCCAUAGAAAUGAACAAUGCUGGUGGCGUAAAGUUUUUCAUGGAUAUUGGUUUUGAACGUUGGGAAUUGAACACAUAUAUACCAGGCAUAGAUCUGACAAACGGACAGGCGCAUGAAAUCAUUGUGUGGAGGGAAGAGAGCGGAAAACGGCUCUUUAUGCAGGUUGACAGUUAUGACGUGGCGCAAGGCUAUCUUGGCGAGCAUCUCGCUAACCAGUUGACAUACUCCAUGAGUGAUAUGAAACUUAUCUUUAUUGGAAACAACGACACCGAGAGAUCGUGUUGUGGGUUUUAUGGUUGUAUCUUUCGCAUGGAGAUAGACGGUACAUUCCCACUGAAGACGGCAUUUCAGGAUCCAAAACCCAACUUCGUCACGUUUGCCCCUGAAGGCAGGGUGCACAAGGAAACAUGUGAAUUUGAGGAACUAACACAUGCACCUGAUCCAGUUGAGGAGCGGGUAUACAGUCCAGUUUGUGGGAACCCGGUCCCGCCUCCUUCAAAAGACAGAGGAGGAAAAACUCUAACCGACGGAGAUUUGCUCUUCUCGUUUUCACUACUUGGUAUUGAGUUCAACAGUACUGAAGAAGGCAACAUUACUAACACUACAGAACCGCUGACAAUGACAUGUCGGGUGACGGCGGCAGAUAUUAGUGUCAUAUACUAUAUACUCAUUCAACAAGAAACGUCACCGGGAUCCGGUGAAUUUGAAUGUCUGGCAAUGAUAGAAUCUGGAGGAAUGCAAAUUCCUAGACUAUAUAAGCAGUUGAAUACUGAUAAAGAUUACAUCGUUAACGGUUCUCUAGAUAGAGCUUUGACAACUUAUCCAUAUGUAAGUGUCAGUAUAGAUGUACAAAACUUGACAGCUAGUGACGCCAAGGACUACGUGUGUGAAGUAGCAUACAAAAACAGUUCCACUGAGGUGUUUGAAAAAGUGUCAACAGUAAGCCACAUUGUAGCCGAUUAUACUGUUUGUGUGGUUCAGCAAAAGUUAAAGACAGCGAGUUCCCAAGACGACAAAAGUUCGGAAACUAAGAUUGGAAUCGCUGUCGGGGUAAUCGGAGGAGUUAUAAUCAUCAUCGCAAUCGUUGCUGCCAUCUGUGUCUCUAAAAGAAGGAAAACGAAAACACUAGUGGUGCAGUCACGUUCGGCGGAAUUAUCUGCUUUUUCCUCCAGCAAACCCGAUACAGAAUAAUGCGAGAGUCUCAGCGAGUUUAUUGACAUCAGUGAACAUUUAGAAUUUUAUUGAAAUAGGUGAUUUAUGCAGUUCUAAAAGCGUGUUCUCAAAGUGAAUGCCUAAUUUAUGUGAAAAUGUCGACUGUCCACUCUGAGCUGUAUGGCGAAUUUAGCGAGAACUUACAUAUAAAUAGACAAAAAUGUAGAAUAUUUAUUCAAAAUUUAAUUUGAAAGUGCGAAAUAAUUGUGUUACAGAUUUUGAAUGGAUGGGUUUUGUAUGAUGCAGGGUUACUACUAGACGAACAUAAUUUUUAUGUGACCUUUAUAUUCUAUUACAUGAAUACCUAUAAAUAAUAACACAUUUCUGCUAGAAGUUAUUUUUGUGCGUUAUCGAACGUUAAUACGGAAAAUUUUCGAUAUGAGAAAGCAUACUAUCUAAAUAAAACGUCAUUUAAUUUUUGUGAACUAACUAAUUUUAUAUUUAGAAGUGUGCUUUAAUAGUCUUAAAAGGCUGACCAUAAUUGAUAUUUGUUUCUUAAAAUGACAUCUGUGUAUAUAAAACAACAAGGGAAACUGUUACUCAAUCUUUUUACUUUUAUCUAUGCUUUUCCAAUACAAAUCAAUUAAAAACAUUUUUUUUUAUGUCAGAUGUGUGUCAAAUAGUCGAGUAUGACAGAAUCUACAAUUCUUAUUCCAUUUAUAUCCCAUUUUAAUUCCAUUAAGUUUUCUUGUAGUCAGUGUAGGGAUUUGAACAUGCUGUGAUCCUAUGGAACCAGAUACUUGGUAAUUAUUUCAAAUAUAAGAAAAAAUACGCAGACAUUUAAAAGGAACUUUUAAUGCUCGGACUACUAUCAUAAAUAGAACUUCUAUACCAUCUAAUACAUCAGACUUUGGAGUGUGAUAAUUAUGAAUCUGCAUGCACUUUUAUAGCUUUAAACAUACGCUUUAUUUCUAUUUCAUGGAAUUUUGUUUACUUGUUAUGAUUUUAUCCGUAUUGUUUAUGUUCUCAUACGUACGGCAUUUACGUUUUCCAUAUAUGCUUUUUACAUAAUACGCCACGCACAGCAACUCAUUGAUCUUUGUAAUCACUUUCGUUGAUUUACAUUCAUGCAUUUAUAUUUAUGUUAAGGUCGAAAAUAAUCUGGUCUGUUAAAACAUAGAUGUCUUUUAUGUGCAGGUAAGUCUUGUUACGACCCAAGAUGGUAGUAAAAUUAAAAAAUAAUUGACUGAACAAAUUCGUUGAUUAAAUUUAAAAACACAUUAAGACUAUAAAACUAGUAUUUCAGCUAUCAUCUUAUAGAAUAGCUGUAUUAUACAAGUAUUAUCAAAAUGAUUUUCACGAAAAUCACAUAGGAUGAAAAAGUAUGUCACUGGGUUGUGUUGGGUCUUUAAGUAUUCUACGGUUUGAAUACUGAGUUACCUAAGUGCGUUGCGAACAACGAAAUUAGGUAGUUCCUUAUUUUUGAUGGUUACUUACAAAUUGAAUUGCUGCCAUUUUGAGGCGUACCAAAGCCAAAUCCUGACAGGUCAUACCAAUAUAUAUAUAUAAGCUUAGUAUUGUAUUAUCUUAUAUUUUCUAUCGAAUAUAUAUUAGGCAGAAUAAAAUGAA